AUGGCUUCAAGAUUGAAGAUCUGGGGCGCAUGCAGGACCCUGGCGGUCCGGAUGCAGCCCGUCCGCCUUGCGGCUCAGCCAUUCCGAGCCCAGGCUUCAUCGACUCGAUUCUACGCCGACGAUGCGACCAACAAAUCCUCCAAACCUCCGAGCGGUGCGAAGAGAGAAGCUUCCGGAUCGGUUGCCGAUUCAGAACCGAGAAGCGCCAGGGCUACUGAGGGCGCCUCUGAAGAAUUGACCCAGAAAGCCUCGCAAGAUACAUCUUCAUCACAAGCGUCAUCGAUUGAAGCGCUGGACGAUGCGACCUUGGAACAGAUACUAUAUGGCGGCCGACCCGUAACAAGUCAGCGGGAGGGCGGCUUGACAGCGGCGCAAGAGGAGGCUCUAUAUCGCGAGGGUGUCAUUCCCCCACCAGAGCAGGCGGAAGCCAUUGUUGCUGCCGGGUCGCAGUCAAUAGUCCCCGUUGGCUCAGAAGUGCAAAACGCCGGCCACAAGUUUGGACUUCCUCAAAAGCCUUAUCCAGACGGGUUCAACGUCAAGAAGCGAUACCACCCCGUGCUGGAGCAAAUCACCAGGCUCCUGAUGCGCCAUGGAGAACUCAGUGUUGCGCAAAGAAAUAUGGCUUCUGUCAUGAACUUCUUACGAACGUCGCCCGCCCCCAUCUACAGCCCGAAAUUCCCCCUAUUACCAGGGACUCCGCCCGCCGCCCACCUCUCUCUUAACCCCGUCCUCUACAUCACAAUCGCCAUCGACUCGGUUGCGCCGCUCCUCAAAGUAAGGAACAUUGCCGGCGCUGGCGGAGGUGGCCGCGCCCUGGAACUCCCCGUCCCCCUCGCCGUCAGGCAGCGCCGAAGGAUGGCGUUCCAAUGGAUCCUGGACGUCAUCAACAAGAAGCCCUCGAAAGGCAGUGGGCGGAACCAGUUUGCCCAUCGGAUAGCUGAGGAGAUCAUCGCCGUGGUGGAGGGCCGGUCGAGCGUCUGGGAGAAGAGAAAGCUGGUACACAAGCUUGGCACGGCGGCUAGAGCCAACGUGGGAUCCAACAAGCUGAAGACGAAGAAGAAGAAAUAA